GAGGGACCACAACGCAGUGCUAGGGAAAGGGAGUUGAAGUGACCUGGGUGAUUCUGAGUGAGUCGGUCAGGGAGGCCUUCCUGGAGGAGGCUGAGGCCCCGAGGUGUGGCCACCACGACAUAUCAAGCUAUUUCCAGGCUCAGGCCCAGAACUCGAGUAACUCAGCCAGGGUCCCCAUUAGUUCCAGAGGAUGAGACUUCUCCGCAGACGCCACAUGCCCCUGCGCCUGGCCAUGGUGGGCAGUGCUUUUGUACUCUUUCUCUUCAUCCUGCAGAGGGAUGUAAGCAGCAGAGAACAGGCCACAGAGAAACCGUGGCUGAAAUCCUUGGUGAGCCAGAAGGAUCACGUCCUGGACCUCAUGAUGGGGGCCAUGAACAACCUUAAGGAUUCGAUGCCCAAGCUCCAGAUCAGGGCUCCAGAGCCCCAGGAGACACUGGUCUCCACAAACAAGUCCUGCCUCCCUGGGUUCUAUACCCCAGCUGAGCUGAAGCCCUUCUGGGAACGGCCACCACAGGAUCCCAGCAGCCCUGGGGCAGAUGGGAAAGCAUUUCAGAAGAAUAAUUGGACUCCCCUGGAGACCCAGGAAAAGGAAGAGGGCUAUAAGAAGCACUGCUUCAAUGCCUUUGCCAGUGACCGGAUCUCCCUACAGAGGGCCCUGGGGCCAGACACUCGACCCCCUGAAUGUGUUGACCAGAAGUUUCGGCGCUGCCCGCCACUGCCCACCACCAGCAUCAUCAUUGUAUUUCACAAUGAGGCCUGGUCCACGCUGCUGAGAACAGUGUACAGUGUCCUACACACCACCCCUGCCAUCCUGCUGAAGGAGAUCAUACUGGUGGAUGAUGCCAGCACUGAGGAGUAUCUAAAGGAACAACUGGAACAGUACGUGAAGCAACUGCAGAUCGUGAGGGUGGUGCGGCAGGAGAAGCGGAAGGGGUUGAUCACUGCCCGGCUGCUGGGAGCCAGCGUGGCACAGGCAGAGGUGCUUACCUUCCUGGAUGCCCACUGUGAGUGCUUCCAUGGCUGGCUGGAGCCCCUCCUAGCACGCAUCACUGAGGAUGAGACAGCAGUGGUGAGCCCAGACAUCGUCACCAUUGACCUUAACACUUUUGAGUUCUCCAAGCCCGUCCAGAAGGGCAGAGUCCACAGCCGUGGCAACUUUGACUGGAGCUUGACCUUCGGCUGGGAGACUCUACCUCCACAUGAAAGGCAGAGGCGCAAGGAUGAGACCUACCCAAUCAAAUCCCCGACGUUUGCUGGUGGCCUCUUCUCCAUCUCCAAGUCCUACUUUGAGCACAUCGGUACCUAUGAUAAUCAGAUGGAGAUCUGGGGAGGGGAGAACGUGGAAAUGUCCUUCCGGGUGUGGCAGUGUGGGGGCCAGCUGGAGAUCAUCCCCUGCUCUGUUGUAGGCCACGUGUUCCGUACCAAAAGCCCCCACACCUUUCCCAAGGGCACCAAUGUCAUUGCUCGCAACCAAGUGCGCCUGGCUGAGGUCUGGAUGGAUAGCUACAAGGAGAUUUUCUACCGACGAAAUCUGGAAGCAGCAAAGAUGGCCCAAGAGAAAUCCUUUGGUGACAUUUCGGAACGACUGCAGCUGAGGGAGCAACUACACUGUCAUAACUUUUCCUGGUUCCUGCACAACAUCUACCCAGAGUUGUUUGUUCCUGACCUGAAACCCACCCUCUAUGGAGCUAUAAAGAACCUUGGCAUCAAUCAAUGCCUGGAUGUGGGUGAGAAGAACCAUGGAGGGAAGCCCCUUAUCAUGUACGCCUGCCACGGCCUUGGCGGCAACCAGUACUUUGAGUAUACAACCCAGAGGGACCUUCGCCACAACAUUGCAAAGCAGCUGUGUCUACACGCCAAUGCUGGCACUCUAGGCCUUAGGAGCUGUCACUUCACUGGCAAAAACAGCCAAGUCCCCAAGGACGAGGAAUGGGAAUUGAUCCAGGACCAACUCAUCAGGAACUCCGGAUCUGGUACCUGCCUGACGUCUGAGGACAACAAGCCAGCCAUGGCCUCCUGCAAUCCCAGUGACCCCUACCAACACUGGCUCUUCAUCUAGGCCCCAUACCAUCUCCUGUGGGAGUUCCCACAAACCGCUCAGGAAACAGUAUUUUGGGAAACCUGAUGUUUGGGAACCCGCUCAUCAGCUUCUCUAUAUGAUCGGAGUUCUGAACCUAUUUUGGAUGUCAAGGCAGGACCUUCCUACUUCUUGAAACAACAUUGGGCCCAUUUUCUUUUCUCCACAUUGAUGGAAGACACUGUAAAAACACAUAAUACUUGACCUAGAGCUUUCCUUCUGCCCUAGAAACAGAGACUUCCAAAGCAGAGAAAGCUCCUGGGAUAGGACCCAAGGCAGCAAUGGUGAAAUCAAGAAAAGAACCUCCGCAGCCAUGUUUGACUCCUUGGUCAUCUAGAGUACCCACCAAAUUUAGUUACAUAGUAUGUUCUAGCAGAGAUCCCUCUGUUAGAGGUCUAAGAGCAUCUCCCUUGCUAAUAGUAUCCCAAGUUUGUAGAGCCAUUUACGGUUUACAGAAAACACCCUGAUAAUCCUUUAUCUUACUUCAUCUGCACAAUGACUGUAAGUAAGAUAGGACUUGAACCAGCAUGCCCAUUUUACAAAUAAGAUAGCUGAGGCAGAAAGGGGUAAAGGAGGUUGUCUGUAAUCCACAGCUAGUGAAUGGCAGGAGCCAAGACUGAGACUUGAUCUUGAACACUGAAUCAGGAUGCCUUCCACCAUACCACAAGAACACUAAACAACUAGCCACCAGCCUUUCCAUUCUCUUUUCCCUCCAUUCUGAUUAUUUAUGGAUAUCUGGUCUCUAUGAAGUUUAGAACAAUGGAGCCAAGUAGCCACGAAGGAGACCAUACAGCUCAUGGAGCCAGUGAUUCCCAGGUUUUAAUCCCAGAACCCUUUU